GUACAGUCGCGCUGCUCUGACCCGAAACAGCUUUCCAGAGACUGACCGACAUUCUGAUUCUCAAAUUGCUAUUUAGGUUCAGAUUGUUAUAUGAAAGACUCGUAUGUUGAUGUGUAGGAUUGUUCUGCCAAGAAACGGGAACUUGAAUAAAUUUGUCAGUUGAUGACUGUUUUUUUUCUGAUUAAUUGGAAAUAAACAGACAUGUUGCUGAGAUUGGGUGUUAGUCGUUUGGCAGCAUGUCGCUUUUCGACCAGUGCAGCAACAAGUACUGCACAUGUUCCAAAAGUAUGCAUAGUUGGCAGUGGCCCAGCAGGGUUCUAUGCAGCACAACAAAUUAUAAAGAGUCAUGAGACAGCAGAAGUAGACAUAUAUGAAAAAUUGCCGGUUCCUUUUGGGUUAGUCCGAUAUGGUGUUGCUCCAGAUCAUCCAGAAGUGAAGAACUGCAUUAACACAUUUACCCAGACUGCAAGUAAAAAGAGGGUAACAUUUUUGGGCAAUGUGGAUAUUGGCUCAGACGUUACCUUUUCACAGCUUCGGCAAGCUUAUCAUGCAGUUAUUUUGGCCUAUGGUAAUGCAAAAGAUAGAACACUGAACAUUCCCGGUGAAGAAUUAUCAGGGGUACUGUCAGCAAGGCAGUUUGUUGGAUGGUACAAUGGGCUUCCUGAAGAUGCUGACCUGAAUGUAAACCUUGAUGUAGAGUCUGUAGCUGUUGUUGGACAAGGAAAUGUUGCCUUGGAUGUUGCAAGGAUUCUUCUUACGCCAAUGGAUAUGUUAAGGAAAACUGACAUUCCUGAAAAUGUCUUGGCGUGCCUUGAUAAAAGCCAAGUGAAAUAUGUAACCUUGAUAGGUCGAAGAGGACCACAGAAUGUUGCCUUUACCAUCAAGGAACUGCGAGAAAUGGUCAACCUGCCAGGUUGUCGACCCAACUUAAUUACAGGCGACUAUCAGCAUUUGAAAGAUUUGAUCCCAAGUUUGCCUCGCCCUCGGAAGAGGUUGUUAGAACUGUUAGCCAAAACAGCAUUAGACGCUCCUGCCCCAGCCCUUGCUUCAGCAUGGGCAUCAGCACAAAAGGAAUGGAGACUAAGGUUUCUGUUAAGCCCAGUAGAAGUUCUUGCAGGAGCUGAUGGUCAGACUCUCUCUGGCUUGAAAUUAGCACAUAACAGACUGGAAGGUGACGGGGAAAACCAACGUGCAGUGCAGACAGAAGAAACUGAGACUCUUGAAUGUGGGCUUGUCCUGAGAAGCAUAGGCUACAAGGGCGUCCCCAUUGACUCUAGUUUGCCCUUUGAUCAACGCACAGGCACAAUCGCCAAUGAUAAUGGCAGAGUCAAAGGACAGAAUGGAGUUUAUGUCAGUGGAUGGAUUGGCACUGGGCCGGUUGGUGUCAUUCUGUCCACCAUGACGAGUGGAUUCACCAGUGGAAAGAUGUUGGUGGCCGAUAUUAACUCAGGUCAAGUUGAUGUUUCCAGUGCGAGAGGUGGUAAAGAAGAAGUACUGGAUAUUUUAUCCAAGAAAGGUAAAAAUCCGGUCACCUUCUCCGACUGGAACAGACUAGACAAGUUUGAGACUGAAGUAGGGGCCAAACUUGGGAAGCCACGAGAGAAAGUUACCAAUAUUCAGAAGAUGUUAGAUAUCAGCCAUGAUUGAUUGAUGCAUUUUUUAAUUUCUUCUGCAAUAUAAUAUCAGUUGUAAUCUAUUGUAUAUACAUGUGUUUUGUAUGUUCAUAUGUUGAGUAUGUUGAGUCAUAAUUAUUAGUGUGUAGAUCAUUUACAGACUGAUAAUUUGAGUAGAGUUUUGGGCUUAGGACCAGCCAUUUGAGUAAAAAGAGAAAAAUCAUAUGAAAAUACUGUAUUUUGAUGUGAUAUACAUAGGAUAUACAUCUUGUUUGAAUAUUUAAAAAACAAUUGUAUAGAUGUACAAGUAAUAUUUGUAUAGUAAAUGUAAUUGUUUGCUCUCUUGUUCAUGUUUUGCACAAAAGUUGAAAAUGGUUAUAAUGUAAAUAUUUUUCAUAUAUAUUUUACUAUACUCAGGUAUGGAAAUAAAUAUAAAAACAUAUGGAAGUAGUGUUUCUUUUGUAACCAGUUGGUGUAGAGUUCUUACUAGUUUCCAAAAAAUAUGAGUUGUUCUGUAAGAUUGUUAAUUUAUGUAAAAGGAUUAGCUGUUAUGUAAUCAAACUAAUAUGAUUUGAUUUUAAGAUAUAUAUAUCCAUGAUAAAUAUACAUUUCUAUGGAUGUUUUUAUUACAAUGCUUGACAAUAGUAAAACCUUGCAGAAACAAUAGAAUAACCUUGCAGAAAAAUCCAUUAGAUAAAAAAACAACUAUUGUUCUUUUGUCAUCAUAGUAUGAUCUGUCUGGCUUUCUCUCAUUAAUUUGUUAUGGAUAUUACAGUUGUUAAUACAUUACUAUUAUGUCUAGUAUCAUUACCAGUCUAAUAUAUAAUCUAUUUUAUUUGAUCUCAACUGAUAAUCAGUUCUUCUUAAACAGCAACCAUGUGUAUACUGAAUAUCAGCAUCAAUAUCAAUUAAUUUUAUCAUCAUCUUCCAUAGUAUCAGUAUUGUGUGCUGUAAGAUUUAGUUCCUUUUUAGUAAAUUUUGUUUACAUUAGUUAUUAUGUUUUUACUUAUAUGAUUAUGUAAUAUGACUUCAGUUCCUUUUCUGUGAAGCAUAUAUAAUAAUUAUUAUAUUUUUAUUUAUGUGAUUAUAUAUUACAAAUUCAACAUUUGUUGUCAUUAAAUCCAGUGGCUUAAAACUAACAAAACUAAUAAACAAUGCUCUUUUCUUUGUUACAAUUACUUUGUUGCAAAUUUCUCUGUAAAGCAAAAGUCCUCAUAAAUAAACAUUUAUUGUUCAUGCCAGAUUCCCAGUGAUUUAUAAAUCAUAUUUAAAUAACCAUGUAUGAUAUAAUCACAAAUCAUCUAUUGAUAGAUUAUUAAGUCACACUGUUAUUAUGAUAUUAGAUUAUUAACAUCUACUCACUGAAACUUAUUUCCAAAAAUUAGGUGAUAAUAACUAACCCGAUGCUGCCAGGGAUGGCAUUUAUGUACCUUCCAUGCCCACUGUGAGUUUAAUUUAUAAAUUGUUUUUACACAUAGAUGGCUCCACAAGUACUGUGUCACCAAUUAAAAUUCAAUUAUGAGUACUACCAUUCUCACCUGUUUUUCCUCUUCCUCGUUUUUAAAAAUAAAACGUUAUAUUCCUGUUAGUAAUGGGAAUAACACUAUAAUAAUAAUAAUGCCUAUAAUGAAAAUAACAGCAUCGAUAUUGAUUGCAUUAGUAAAAGAACUUUUUUCUCGCAAGCUCAAGGAAAGAUGAUAUCAGAUGAAGUCACAAGGUCUACUAAUUGACUCCUUUGUGGCUAAGCACUUGCAGAGUCAUCUAAGUGCAGAGACAUUUUACAAAACAAUACUACAGUGAACAUAUUUUUAGGGUGAUGUUGGGAUAAUUGUUAACAAAUUGAAUAAUAAUUUUCUCGGUAA